GCGUCCUUUGGAUUCCACGCUGGUGAAAACUCAGUUUGAGCCAAUCUUAUUUCGGCAUGAAUGACUAAAUUUGACUCAUUUUAAACUGGACACACCAAAAAAAUGGCUUCACAGCUACCUUCUCUGGGCUCUUUCAAGAAACCUGGACCAGCAACAGAGAGAGAAAAGUUAGAAAAAGAUCAAGCAGAAGCCAUUGCAAAAGCCUGCAACCCUGUGGAAACACCAGUGAAAGAGAAACAUGUCAGAAGUGCUAUUAUUGGGACAUGGCAAGACCACGGUGCAUCUAUCUUCUGGACAUGCCUYGGUAAAAUGCCGCUACCAUCUCAAGUGAUCAUGUGUUGGAAAGCCAUGUUUGUUGURCAUAAACUCUUGAGAGAAGGUCAUCCUAAGGCUCUAGAGGAUUCAUUCAAAUAUARAAUACUUUUACAAGACAUGCACAAGUUUUGGGAGUUAUCACCCAAGGGUGGUUAUGGAAUACUAAUAGCAACCUACCUUAAAGUGUUACUUGCUAAACUGGACUUUCAUAAAAAGAAUUCAUUCAUUCCUGGAAAYCUAAUGAUAAGUAAAGAUGGAAGGAUACAGUAUGCAAGCACUGAUGUAAAUGACUAUUUUCAGCUCUCUGUUGAGGUGUUUGAUUAUUUGGAUACACUAAUUGCAUUAGAGAAAAAAAUAUUUGCUACUCUGGAUCGUUACCACUCCAAUUCUCAGAUUUCCGCUGUACAGUGUAGAAUAUGCCCUUUUCCAGUUAUUGUACAGGAAUGCUCUGGGCUGUAUUCUAUUUCUGUUGAUCUGAUGUAUAGAUUACAUUCAAGUCUACCUGCAGACACCCUUGAAGGACAUAGGAUAAGAUUUUAUCAACAUUUUAAAGAUUUAAGAAGUUUUUACUUUGAUGCUGGUAACAUGGCUUAUGUUAAAGCGUUAGUUGUAGUCCCUACAUUACCAGAGAGCCCCCCAUCAUUUAUUCCUACUGGUGGACAAGUUGCUCUCAAGAGAUCAACAAGUUAUGAAGAGAAAAAACCUGAAAAAAUACCAGAUCCUAAACGCCAGAGCUUAAUGGAACCUCUGAAAGUUGCAUUGACAGAAUCUGCACCAGAAGAUGAUUUAUUUGGUCUCUCUUUACAAGAUGGACCAACCCCACCAACACGAAAUGAGAGUUUACAUGAUAGUAGAGAUACCCUAAUAGCCCAACUUAGAGAAGAAAUAUUGCAAUUAAAACAAGAACUCUACACUCAAAAGUCAUAUGCUGAAACAAUGGAAGAUUCUCUGCGGCAAGAAAUAGCUAGGCUUGAAGAUGAACUUGCAGAACAAAAAAGCAUUAAUGAAAUGAUGACAGAGGAAAAUGCAACUUUAAAGAARGAGCUGGAAGAAAAGGAAGAAGGAAAGAAAGUUGCAAGUGAUGACAAGUUUACAAAGCUUAAAGGAAUGUAUGGCAAGUUACGAGAGGAGCAYAUUCAAUUACUAAGAGGGAAUGCUGAAGUCAAACAAAAGCUUAAUGCWUUAGAGAAAGCAAGAAAAGGACUAUCAGAUGAGACUGAUGAGUUAAAGCAGGAGCUACAAAACAAGGAAAACCAACUAGAGGUUCUUCAGAAUGAGUUCACACAAGAAAAACAGGCUAAACAGUUAGCAGAAUCUACUGUUGAAAAUUUAACAAAAGAAUAUGGUGACAAGGCUGUUGAUUUUUCUACACAAUUACAAGCAGCUGCUAAAGCAACAGAUGACAUGGAAACGGCUAAAAAGGAAAAGGAAAUGAAGAUUAAAGAACUGGAAAACUUGAUUUCAUCUGGAAAACAAGAAAUAUCWGAAACAUAUCUUCAAAGACAACAGGAGGAAGAAAGACGGAAAAACGCUGAAGAAACUAUCGAAAAGGAAAGAAAAGAACAUGAAAMYAUGGUAAGAUAGGAAAUGGAYGGAAGGAUGUACAAAUGGUCACUYRAUAGUUCAUAGUGUUUUCACUGAUAGGCUGACUUUUAUUGU